CUCUGAGAAACAGGAAGCUGAGAGACGGACCGAGCGUCCUGCCUGCGGACAGAAAGUUAGUUUUAAAGUCAUCUCUCUGAAGAGGAAAUCUCAACACGUCAGGAGGACCAGGAGACCUGAAGAUGUCUCAAAGACCAAGAAGAAGAAAUAGCAUGGAUACACCUCCUGAUCUCUCUGAAAGUCUUCCAGAUCCGUCCGAGUUAAUGGACAAACCUAAAGAUCAUUCAGCUUCCUACAUCUGGGAGUUUGACAGCAGAGGACACAGGAUGAGACAGAUUGCAGGAGAGAUUGAAGAGAUCACUGCUGAAGACAGAAAGAUGCAAAAGAAGAUGAGAUUAGCAGCAGGACUAGGAGCCCUUAUUCUGGCAGGGUUAGUAGCAGCCACAGCAGUAGCAGUUGGAGUAAAAGCAGCAGAUGGAGAAGCAAGGACAGCAACCAGAACCAGGUCUCUUACAGCAACAUCAACGACCAAAUGGACAGAAGCACCCAUGAUUCUGGCAGCAGCAGGAACACAAGCAGGUCUAGCAGUAUUAGGAUCACUAGGAAUAGUACCAACGAUCCUUGUAGUAGCAGGAUUAGCAUUAGCAUUAGCAUUGGUAGCUGCUACACUAACUGAGAACAGAAGUAUAGAGAAAGUAAAAGAGCUCGGGAGAGAGUUCCUGGAGAUGGUUGAACCGCUGAAGAAGGACCUGGAAGAAAUCAAGAGGACAUGUGAGACGUUGGAGCAAAGACCAGCUGGUCUUCAGGCUGGACAGACUCUGAGAGACAUGGAGGACCUUCAGAGGACUCUGGGACGAGGUCCUGCAGAGAGAAGAGAGAUCAUCAUGUUGUCUGGUCUGUGCAGCUCGGUGGUUGGGGACUGUGAGAAGAUGAAGGAGAUCCUCCGAGACGCCACAGAGCAGUAAAGAGACCAGCUGCAGUUUAAAGGAAAAGGCCU